CUGGUUGCUUCGCCAACAGUGGAUGCAUUCCCUGAAAAUCCUAUAGGAACCAACACUUGCCGCCAUGGAGUGUGGGAAGGUUGUGAGGUGGGCCGUUCUGCUGGGAUUUCUUGGUGCAGCAGUGCUGGAAUACUCCUUUGCGCUGUCACCCCGGGCCAGUGAGAUAGUGGUGGCACAGGUGAGCGGUGCCAAUGCCACUCACACGAUUCUUGACACCUCUUCCAGCUUUUUGGCGUCACCCAGUUUUUUGGAGACCUCUCCAAGCAUUCCUCAGACCCCUCCCAGCGUUGGGGAGGCCGCACCGAGUUUUCUGGAGUGGUCUGAACAGAAGCGGCAACCCCCUCAGCUACUGCAAGCAGGAUUGAAUUUGCCAUCGAAAGUGUCGCAGGAGUGUUUGAAGUUUAUCCAUAUUCCAAAGAAUGCGGGCAGCACGGUUUACGAGGAGGCUGAAAAAUAUAAAUAUGGCUGGAGUGUUGAUGACCAUACGUUGAAAUGUCUCCGUGGGGAGAAGUGUACGAACUAUGGAUUCACCAGGCCCUGCUGCCGGCCAAAGCAGUCGAAAGAUAGAUGCAGCAUUUGGCACUUCCCCCCUGCUGAAGAUUCGGUGCUUGCAGAGCGCUAUGCCCGUUGCAAAACGUUUUGCAUCAUUCGAAAUCCCUUGGGGCGCUUCAUCAGUGAGUACAAGUGGCACAUUCUGAGGUGGAGUAAGGGAUCUAAGAACAAGAGACACAAAAAUCUUAUUUGCUCCCCUGCUGCUCUGGAAAACUAUUUCGAAGAAGUGAAGCGCGGGGGCCGCUUGAAUUUUGCAGACGAUUGCCAUUUGCUACCGCAAGUGAAGUACGUGUUUUCGAAUGACCUGCAGCGCCUUCAUUGCAAUCACGUACUCCGUUUUGAGAAUCUCACCAGCGAAUUCAAUGCUAUCAUGAAAGCUUACCGGCUUGCCAUCCGCUUGGAAGAUGGGAAUGAGGGUCUACACAAACACUAUUAUGCAAUACCCUGCAAGAUUACGCUGACUGAAGAGAUGAAAAGCUGGAUCUAUGAGACAUACAGGCAGGACUUUGAACUUUUUGGCUACAGCAUGGCCUAGAAAGACUUAGAAAGAAUUCCUGCCACUGGCCUGGGUCAACCACAAGCAGAUCAAGUUAUUUUGUUGUCUCACGGAGCGAUCGUUGCCAAGCACGGUCACCAACAUGUUGCGCUUUCCGAGCGGAG